CCAUUUGUCGCGUGCCACCGCUUCCUCCUCCAAUCUUGUCAAGCAGCAAGACCGUCUCAGAAAAAAAAAAAAGAAAGGAAAAAAACUCCGCCGCCGAUGGCCGGGCUGCUGGAUCUCACCGACGACGUCCUCGCCGAGAUCCUCGUCCGCGUGCCGUCACCACGGGACCUCGCGCGCGCCUCCGCGGCGUGCUCCUCCUUCCGCCGCCUGGCCGCCUCCCCGCGGUUCCUCCGCCGCUUCCGCUCGCUCCACCCACCGCUGCCGCUCGGCGUCCUGUGCCACGACGGCGCCGCCGCACCGUUCCACCCCGCCCUGCGCCCGCACCCCUCGGCGCCGGCCGCCCGCGCGCUCGCCCUUGCCUCCGACUUCUUCUUGUCCUUCCUCCCUUCCCCCGCCCGCGGCUGGCUCCUCCGUGACCACCGUGACGACCGGUUGCUCCUCGACCGCGCGCUCGCCGGCGGCUGUACGGCCUUCACUGAUAUCGCCGUCUGCGACCCUCUCUUCCGGCGGUACGUUAUGCUCCCGCCCAUCCCCGACGACCUUGCCGCCUCCGUCGAGAACCCCUACCUCCAGCGCGGCGGCGAUGGUGGGCUGCAAUCUCGCAGCAGCGAGAUCUUCCUGGCAUCUUGCGGCACCGAUUCAGGAGGAGAGGAGCCAUCGUUUGCUGUGAUCUGGAUGGCGUGCUGCCGGGGAAAGCUUGUCGCGUUCUUCUUUUCCUCCGAAUCCCAGCAGUGGCGUGCUCUUUCACCUCCCGAGCACUAUGCUUUGAGUAUGAGGAGGGUCAUGGGCGUUCGACUAGGGCAGCGUAACCAUGCUCAUGGGUGCUUCUACUGGAUGAUAACCCUCACCCAUAGGUGGCUUGUACUGGACACACGGCGAAUGGAGUUCUUUGUUGCGGAUAUCUCUCCUGUCCUUUCAGGCCGUGCUAUGAUGUUCAGUAAUCAGAUUUCCACUAUGGACUCAAUGGACGGAAGUACUACUGUUGUUGUCGCGGAUGUUUUCCGGCCAGAUAAACGAUGUGUCCUGUAUUUAUACAAGUUCAUGUAUUUCAGUGACCCGUGGCAACUGCAGAGUAAAAUCAACUUGCCCGAGGAAUGGGGGUAUCGAUUUAGAGGCAUCGUAGGUGCAUAUGAAGGGUCCUUGUUUAUGAAGCUUGAUCACCCCAAGCAGAAUUUGAGAGAUCCAGUUCAGCAAAAUAUUACAUAUUUCGUGUUCGAUAUCAAGACAAUGCAGCUUGGGAGGUUUUGUGAGAUAAGUUCUGGUAGUAGUGAAGCUUACCUUUACACAGGUUUUCCACCAUCACAGACACUACCAUGUGUUUGAUGAGAUAAAAAAGAGGAUUGGCUGAUACAUUGAGGUGCAAGGACGAUGACACGAAGGAUAUUUAUGACCUUCUAUCUUCCUUUUCUCUCUGCAUUUUCUUUUAUAACCUGUAAGAACAAUUGGAGGUUUGGGUUGGAAGACUAUUGUCGUGACUUGAUGUAAGAGCAUUCUCAACAGCUUAUCUAAAUUUGCCCAUCUCAAUUUCAUCAUCCAUAUUGUCAUUUAGAUGACCUUCAAAAUAAAUUUUCUAUUUGUCUCCUAUAUCACUCCAACAGAUUAUCCAUAUGCAUUUUAUUAAUAUUUUGUAACCAUCUUCUUCAA